CCUGCCCGCUUCGCCUGACGGCUGGGAGGGCACGGCGGCUCGAACCCGCCCAACGGCUCUCGCCUCUCUGCCGGCUUGGAGCCGGGAAGCCACACCAUGUUCCCCUUCUUAAUGCUGCUUGCGGGGCUCGGUGGCUCGCUAACGUCAAGACUUGGUUUUCAAAAUUCAUUUCUACAAAUCAUAGUUCCAGAGAAAAUUCAAGCAAAUACAAGUAAUUCAAAAAUAGAAAAUGAACAGAUAUCCUAUAUUAUUCCAAUAGAUGAGAAACCAUAUAUUGUGCACCUUAAGCAAAGAUUAUUUUUAGCAGAAAACUUCAUGGUUUAUUUGUAUAAUCGAGGAUCUUUGACUUCUCAUCAUUCAGAUACCCAGACUCAGUGCUAUUACCAAGGAUAUAUUGAAGAACAUCCAAAUUCUGUUGUCACACUCAGCACAUGCUCUGGACUGAGAGGAAUACUACAAUUUGAAAAUGUUUCAUAUGUAAUCGAGCCUCUGGAAUCUGAAGUUGAAUUUCAGCAUCUUCUUUAUAAAUUAAGGAAUGAAAACAAUGAUUCUACAAUUCUUACUGCAAAUAACAAAGGUAUAAAACAAAAUCCAAUGGACUAUAACAUUUUUAUAAGUGGAAAGGCAGAACCAGCUGUUUCAGAUUUAAUUCCACUUUAUCUAGAAAUGCAUAUUGUGGUGGACAAAAUUUUGUAUGAUUUCUUGGGCUCUGAUGGCAUGAUUGUAACAAGUAAAGUCACUGAAAUUAUUGGCCUUGUAAAUUCGAUGUUUGCCCAAUUUAAAGUUACUAUUGUGCUGUCGUCACUGGAGUUUUGGUCAGAUAAAAAUAAGAUUUCUACAGCUGGAGAGGCAGAUGAAGUAUUAUAUGCAUUUUUAGAAUGGAAACAGUCCUAUCUUACCCUAAGGCCUCAUGAUAUUGCUUAUCUAUUCAUCUAUAGGGAUUAUCCAGAGUAUGUGGGAGCAACGUUUCCUGGAAAGAUGUGUGUUAUCCAGCAUUCUGCAGGAAUUGUUUUGUAUACCAAGAGGAUAACUUUAGAGGCAUUUUCAGUUAUUGUCACUCAGAUGCUGGGACUCAGUCUUGGACUAUCAUAUGAUGAUCCAAAGCAAUGUCAAUGUCCAGGAGUCAUUUGUGUAAUGAAUCCAGAAGCUAUGCAAUUCAGUGGUGUGAAGAUGUUUAGCAGUUGCAGUUUGAAUGACUUUGAAAAUUUUAUUUCAAAUAUGGGUGCCAAAUGUCUGCAGAAUAAGCCACAAAUGCAACGUGCUCCGAAGCAAGUCUGUGGCAAUGGCAGAGUGGAGGGAACAGAAAGCUGCGACUGUGGUAAUUUUACACAAUGUGCAGGUAAUAUCUGUUGUGACCCUCGGACUUGUAAGCUGAAACCUGGAGCAGAAUGUGAUGGAGGACUGUGCUGCAAGAAAGACUGUAAAUUUCAAAGUUCAGGAUUUGAAUGUAGGCCCACAGCGCAUCCUGAAUGUGAUAUUACUGAAUAUUGUAAUGGAAGCUCAGGCAACUGUCAGCCUGAUAUAACUGUACAUAAUGGACAUUUGUGCAAAAAAGGAAAAUUCAUGUGUUAUGAUGGAGAGUGCCAUGAUCUUGAUGCACGUUGUGAGGCCAUAUUUGGAAAAGGUUCAAAAAAUGCUCCAUUUUCUUGCUAUGAAGAAAUACAUUCUCAAAAUGAUAGAUUUGGGAACUGUGGUCGUAAAGUAGCCGGAUAUGAAAUGUGUUCUUGGAGGAAUCUUAUGUGUGGAAAAUUAGUUUGUACCUACCCUACUCGAAUUCCUUUCCAGAAGGAAAAUAUUUCUGUGAUUUAUGCUUAUAUACGAGAUACUGUAUGUGUAACUAUAGACUACAGAGUGCCUGACCGAAUUAAUGAUCCAAUGAUAGUCCGAUCUGGUUCUAUUUGUGAUACUGGGAGGGUUUGUGUGCUUACUCAGUGUGUAGAAGCACGGUGGCUUGAGUAUAAAGAGAGAGAGUGUACAAAAAAGUGCAGUGGAAAUGGAGUGUGCAAUUCCAAAGAAGAAUGUCAUUGUUUUCCUGGCUUCGAACCUCCCAAUUGUGUAGCACGCAGCAGAGUAUCUUCUGAAUUGCCUGGAAAGCAUGGUUUAAUCAUGGAAAGAACUUUUGGGAAUAACCCAUGGCUUCUAAUUGUUUCCACUGUUUUACCUGUCCUCAUCAUAGCAAUCAUAAUAGCUGUCUCAUGGAAUAGUCUGAAAAAGUGGUUCACCAAGGAAGAGGAAUCCAUAAGUAGCAAAUCAGAAAGCAGCAGUCACACAUAUACCAGCAGGUCCAGAUCAGAAAGCAGCUACCAAACAGAUAUUACCAGAUCCAGGUCAGAAUUUAGUACUCACAUGGACAUCAGCAGAUCCAAAUCACAGGAGAGCACUUAGACACCUGAUAGCAGUAACCAGUAAUUCUUUCAGAAGGCAAAGGAUAUUACUGAGAAGUGAAAAUAUCACAGAGAAGUGAAAAUACUGCCUUUGCUCCCCUGGUCAUAACUGAAGGAAACAAUAAACCAAAUGUGGACCGAUUUGCAGGCUUGCAUC